AUGCCAUCCACCUCCUUCGCCGAUAUGCCCACUCUGGCCCGGCAGAAUGCCUCACACACGCCUUCGCCGCCGUUCCACCGGAGACGAAAGAGUUGGGCGAGGAGGAUAGAGCGGUGCUGUUGUCAGACGUUCGCAUACUUCCCCUUGCUAUUCGUCUACGGCCUCACGACGUGGGCGGUAUGGGUCGAAGUCGACGUUUCAUUCCUAGGCCUGCAUAGCGGUCUGGCAUAUCUCCGAGCAGGACUUGGUAUAUUGCUAUACACACUCGCCAACGUCUCGUACACAACCGCGGUCUUCACAAGCCCUGGCUCGCCUCUGGACCCCAUACGAGACCACAGCGACGCAGGACUAGUAGGAGGACGCAGGAAGCGCGGAGGCUACGAGGGUCUGCCGACCUACGAGGACGAGCAACAAGCUCCAGACGAAGCUGUGCCUAGGGAAUGGAUGACGAAUGCGGUGACGGCGAAGAGUACGGGUAAGCCCCGCUACUGCAAGAAGUGCCAGACUGUGAAGCCGGAUCGGACACAUCACUGCUCGACGUGCGGCAAGUGCGUGUUGAAGAUGGAUCAUCAUUGUCCGUGGUUGGCGACGUGUGUGGGCAUGCGGAAUUACAAGGCGUUCAUUCUCUUUCUGGUGUAUACGAGUUUGUUCUGUUGGCUUUGUUUUGCGGUGUCGGCGUGGUGGGUGUGGGCUGAGAUAAUGGACUCGACACAAUUUGAAGAAGGGUUCCGGGUUGUCAACACGAUUCUGCUGGCUGUGCUUGGGGGUAUCAUUGGGCUGGUGUUGUCAGGUUUCACGGGGUGGCAUGUGUACCUUUUGGUGACUGGGCAGACCACGAUUGAGAGCCUGGAGAAGACCAGGUAUCUGAGCCCACUGCGCAAGAGCAUGGAGCGUCAAUUCCAGGCGGGUCGCAACUAUCUCGGCCGGGAAUACAGCACUGCAGGAGACGACCAACCCCUUGGCGAGCGCUUGAAGGAAAUCCACGCCAACGCCCUGCCUGGCGUCCUCCGGCCCGAAGAAGGCGAAUCAUCCCUCACCCCAUCCCGCAACCACAGCCCCAUCCCACCAGCCCCUGCAGCGGGUUCUAACAGCUCCCCUGCCCACGAAAGCCUCCAACGCACCUACGCCUCCAUGGAAGCCCAACGCGAGCGCGACAGAUACAACCUGUACCUUGACGAGCAAGACAGCGAAAAGCUCCCCAACGCCUUCAAUCUCGGCUGGAAACGAAACGCCUUGCACGUCCUUGGCCACAACCCGCUCUACUGGUUCCUCCCCGUCUGCAACACUACCGGUGACGGAUGGCACUGGGACGUGAGCCCCGACUGGAUCGAAGCACGAGAUCGCAUAGGAAAGGAAAGAGAGCAGCGAGCACGAGAAGAAGCGUUCUGGAACCAGCAGAACGCCGCGCAGAGUAGGGCUAUGCGUAGUUUCGAGCCCCCGCGGGAGAGAGAAUGGAAGUGGACGCCUGGAUCCGGGUUCGUGGAUCAGCAAAGACCAUUACCUCCACCACCGAGGAAUGAACCUCGCGCCGGACAAGAAAACGAAAUGCAACCUCUCGAUAAGCGGAAAGCAGGUGAUGCGGAUCCGUACGAUACGUCGAGUGAUGAGGAUACGGCACGACGGCAGCAUCGAUCACAGAAUGGGACGGCAGGGGCCACUUCCAACUGGAACGAUCUUCCAGAGGAUUUUCUGGCGCCGAGGGGGGGUCAGGGGAAUCGGAGUCGAAGUCGGGGAAGGACGAAGGGGGAUUGA